CAGCUAGAUAUCAGCUUUUAUCUCACUAUCGUUUCUAGCACGCGGCCAUUUUUUUACUCCUGCUGCCAUCUAUGUUUAAUGAGCUUUCCUACAGUUCCCAAUCCCUGGCAAAGAGUGACUUCAAAGCGGCGGCUUGUGGCUCUAAAGCUCAAUAGCACCUAUUGAGCUCCAAAUAGUAAGAAACCAGGAGUCUUUCGUUGAUAAUUCAGACGUGAAUUUUGUUCCACGGAAGCCCGCUUCGAAGGAGGUUCUGUGGGCAUGCUGAAGAGUCUGCCUCCAGAUUUUUUUCUCAUUAUCGUCGUUGAUGCAAUAGACCAGGUUGAAAAAGUGAUCCGUUCGAUUGGCUGCCCGUCGAUAAUUUACCGAGCAACAUCAAAAUCAUCGUUUCUAUGGACAACGCAUCAGAAUACCUGCCGAAAAUCAAAGACAUUUUGCCAAAAAGUUCCUUGUUUUCGUUGGAAAAUCUCGCUCUGAAUGAUUUGAUGAGUGUUGCCAAAGAGAAUAUGGCUGCUCAGCAUCACUAUUUACCGAAUGCCAAUGAGCUCGAACAAAUCCGCAAAUGCCUGUCGUCCGUACAGUCCUUAUGUGGAGUCCAGCGCGGCAUGCAUGCAUUGACAGUAUCGGCGAUGAGUCUACUCCUUGUGAGGAUGAAACGCGAAGCUCUAUAUCGUCGUGGUACCAAUCUCCUUCUUGAAAUGAAACUUCCUCUGAACUAUCGCUACACUAAAAUGCGGAACGAGUUCGCGCCGGACGUGGAGAAAAGAACCCGCGUGCGACAAGCGUAUCUCAAGUCAGUUUCGAGGGAAGCAGAAAUCUCGCUGAGACUCAUGCCUGAAAUGCAAACUCAUCUUGAAGGCAUUCUCAAAGCAGUGUGAUUUUUUUUUUUUCAUCCUUUGAAGGAGUGUCUGUGGCAAAAGUGAGCAAUGCGCGGUACGACUCGAACAGUCGCAAUGUUUUCUUUCAGGAAGACUUGAAGAACUCUGUGGAAAUGGGCAAAAUUCUGGAUCACUUCGAGUUACUUCUCUCCAAGGGUUUUCUUCCUUCCUCUUGUACAUGAAUCGUUUGUUGACUUCCUCAAGUUUCAGGGCGGCUUGAAGUUUUGCUA